GAAAGCGAGGACGGCAUCGAAGGGGAUGCUGUGCUGUCGGAUUAUGAAAGCGCAGAAGACUCUGAGGCAGAGGAAGAGGAUUACAGCGAGGAAGAAAGUGCCAAAGUGGAACUGAAGCAGGAUAGCAAUGAUUCCUGCGAGUCUGCAGCAAAAGCAGAGAAGGGGGAUGAGAAACCGGACUCCAAAGGUGCUGUCACUGGUGAAAGGCAAAGCGGGGACGGGCAGGAGAGCACCGAACCCGUUGAGAAUAAAGUUGGGAAAAAAGUUCCCAAGCACCUGGAUGACGACGAGGACCGGAAGAACCCGGCUUACAUCCCACGCAAAGGGCUUUUCUUUGAGCAUGAUCUCCGAGGGCAGACGCAGGAGGAGGAGGUCAGGCCCAAGGGUCGGCAGCGGAAGCUGUGGAAGGACGAGGGCCGCUGGGAGCACGACAAGUUCCGGGAGGACGAGCAGGCCCCCAAGACCAGGCAGGAGCUGAUCGCGCUGUAUGGCUACGACAUCCGCUCCGCUCACAACCCCGACGACAUCAGGCCGAGGAGGAUGCGCAAACCGAGGUUUGGGAGCCCCCAGCGAGACCCGAACUGGUCCAACGAGCGGCCCAGCAAGCCCCCGCGGCACCAGGGCGCAGACAGCACUUCGGCUCCUCCGCGAACCUUCACCAGCAGGAGCUCUGCGGGAACGGGGAGGAUGCCCCCUCCCAGGAACUACCCGAGGGUGGGGGGCUACAAGGAGACCCGCCCAAGCUACCGAGCUUCGGAAGCGAGUGUGCAACACCCGUCUCGAAACGGCGAGCAAGCCAAACAGGAGAGCGGCUAUCGAGCGAAGCGUGCGGAGCAGAGCCCGCCGAGAGACAAGUCACCAGAAGUGGAAGCAGUGCACGUCCACGGCAGCCCUGUCAAGGAGGAGGGUGCUCUGGAAAACCAGAGCGACGCUGCGCAGCCGCCGCCAGACAGACCAAUUGAAAAGAAGUCUUAUUCCCGGGCAAGGAGGACCAGAGUCAAAGCUGGGGAUGCGGGGAAGCUGGCAGACGACGUGCCUGCUCUGGAAGGGCUGGCUCCUGCAACACCAAAACCCGUGCAAGCCGAGACGUCCCCCCCGCCAGCCAAGAGCAGCAACUGGGAGUCGCCAGUGGAAUCCAGCUUGGAUGGACUUGAGCAGGAGAUGAUACAGAUGAAUCUGACGGAGCAGAACUGGAGUCCGGGGCAGUCUCAGUUCAUACAGCCCCGGGAGCUGCGGGGUAUUCCUAACCAUAUGCACGUGGGAACUGGGCCACCCCCUCAGUUCAACAGGAUGGAGGAAAUGGCGGUGCAGGGCGGCCGCGUCAAGCGCUACUCCUCGCAGCGGCAGAGACCACCGGUGCCGGAGCCUGCCCCCCCCAUGCACAUCAGCAUCAUGGAGGGGCACUACUACGACCCACUACAAUUCCAGGGACCAAUCUACACCCACAGUGAGAACCCAGCCCCGCUGCCGCCCCAGGGGAUGAUCGUGCAGCCAGAAAUGCAUCUCCCUCAUCCAGGUUUACAUCCCCACCAGACACCAGCCCCGAUGGCGAACCCCGGGCUCUAUCCUCCGCCGGUCUCCAUGCCCCCGGGCCAGCCCCCGCCGCAGCAGCUGCUCGCUCCGACGUAUUUCUCCCCGCCUGGAGUCAUGAAUUUCGGCAAUCCUGGCUACCCCUACCCCCCAGGGGCUCUGCCCCCGCCGCCCCCCCCUCACCUCUAUUCCAACACCCAGCAGGCGCAGUCCCAGGUGUACGGUGGGGUCACGUACUACAACACUGUCCAGCAGCAAGUGCAGCCCAAGCCCUCGCCGCCACGGAGGACGUCCCAGCCUGUCACCAUCAAACCACCACCCCCCGAGGACAGCAAAGGUGAGAAGCCGAAGGAGAGGAGCAGCACGUAGGGACGUGGCUGUGGAACCCCCAGCGCCGGCCCCGGCGGCUCCGCACCAGGAGGAACCAUCCGGAUUGCUGCUGCCCUGUGCGGGGCGGUGCGAUGCCAUGGGCUGCAGCGCUUUGCUGGGGGCGGGGGCCUCCAUCCCUUCGGCAGCCCCCGGGUCCCCCCCUCCGCGGCUGCUGCCCUCCUGCCCUGCCCUGACCCUCGGGCAGCGCCAGGCUCGGUGGCCCUGAGGUCUGUCCACGUCCCUGUUGUCCUGAGCGUCCCCUUCUCCCUCUCUAGGAUGCCCAACAACUGCUUGAUUGUGCUCCCUGUUUUUAUUUAAGGAAUGAACCGGCUCCUUCAGUAAAGCUGAUUUGUUUCUUUUGGGUA